CUCACGUUGACAACUCGUCAAAAAUGGCAGAUCCAGGCCCUACAAAGUCUGAUAUUGAGGAAAUAUUUAAAAGAUUGAGGUCUAUCCCCACGAACAAGACAUGCUUCGACUGCAAUGCGAAGAAUCCAGCUUGGUGCAGCGUGACAUACGGUGUCUUCCUCUGCAUUGAUUGUUCAGCUGUUCAUCGGAGUUUGGGUGUGCACUUGACCUUCGUCAGGUCCUCACAGCUGGACACCAAUUGGACAUGGCUCCAAUUGAGAAACAUGCAGUUGGGAGGCAAUGCUCACGCCAGGACAUUUUUCUCCCAGCACAAUUGCACGACGACCGAUGCCCAGCAGAAGUAUAAAUCUCGCACUGCCAUGCAGUAUCGAGAAAAAUUAUCGCAAGCUGCCAACCAGGCGAUGCGUCGUCAUGGUACUAAGGCUAUUCUUCCUUCAAAUCCAUUGAAAUCGUUGCAUUUAGACGAUCACGUGGAUGCAAACGAAGAGCCAGCAGAAGUUGAUUUCUUCACAGAACACGAGACAUUCGAAGACGCCAGGUCGACCCCAGUUGUCCCAGCCCAGCCCAAAGUGGCUGCUCUCACCGCACAAUCUCUCUUAAAUGAUAAUUCACCCAAAAAUCGACCAGAAUCGACAGCAGAUUCACCUGCCAGUGGUCUGGGGCCGACGGUGAAGCUCUCAGACUCCCCCCCGAGUGUUCAACCCGACAGAAAACCCACAAUAGGUGGUAGAAAGGUACAGACCAGGCGACCAGGGCUCGGGAAGAAGACUGGAGGACUUGGGGCCCAAAGAGUCACCACUAAUUUCGAUGAACUCGAGAAAAACAUCGCCGAGGCGAAUGUCCUGGAGCCCAAGGAGGUCCCAGAGCGUGGAAAAGAGGAGCAAGCUGAGAUUGACAGUCGUCUGGCUUACAAAUACGAGCAGAAUCUCACAGAGCAGGCGAAACUCGUCAAGGAGAGGACCAAAAUGCUCGAUCCUAAAAAAGCAUCUCAGGCUGAACGUCUCGGAAUGGGAUUCAAUGCCAGGAGUGGAGCCAGUCACUCGGCCUUUAACGAUAUGAAGGUCAUAACUCAGGAGUCGUCAGGUCGUAAAGCCACUGCAAAUGAAUCCAGAUACAACUCACGAGAUGACGCGGAAAUCGACAGUCCCUCAACUCGAUCCGUUCCUGACCUAGACGAUUUUUUUUCUGCAAUUAGCUCUCCCUAUCCAACGAAAUCAAAUUACAAAACGGGAAAUGAGGACGUCGUGGUCAUCUCAGAGCCUGAGAUGCCCAGGAGAGCUCCCCUGAAGCUCAAUGGGGGUCGGGGAGAUGUAAAAAGUACUUCCAGUGGCAGUUCCAACACUGAUGGCGAGGCCCAGAGAAAAUUCGGAGGGGCCAAGGCCAUCAGUUCUGAUCAGUACUUCCGGGAUAGUAAUAAUGAUGAUUCAUUCGAACGUAAGAGUAAUUUGCGUCGAUUUGAGGGUCAAUCGUCGAUAUCAUCAGCUGAUUAUUUUGGCACAGGCACCACCUCUCCAUCGUCAUCCCUGUCAAUGAGCAAUAUAACAGCUCGAACCCAAUCUGUGGAUCUGGAGGAUGUGCGCGAAAGUGUUCGCCAGGGAGUAAAUAAAGUUGCGGGGAGAUUGAGUUCCCUUGCAAAUGCUGCAGUUUCGUCAAUUCAAGAUCGUUACGGGUUUUAACAAUAAAAAUAAGACGGCAAUUCCCGCUAAUAAACUCUCACCAUCUAACCACAGGAUUUCCUCUUCAGUGGAUUCGAACGUGUGAUGCGAUUGUUCAACGGUUUUCCAUUAUUUUUUUUUUCUGUUUUUAAACAUCGAGUUAUGAGAAACUUAAGGACAGUGUAUCGUUGAAAAUCUUGUAUUCUAUCAAUUGUUAAUUGAAUACACAUUAUUAUUAUAUA